CAAAACAAGCAAACUCUAGUUAUAUACAUAUAUAGUUUUUAUUAGCAUAACCUUGGCAUUGACAGUUCCAUGAAGAACGUUUAACAUCCAUACACUGAACAUUUCCUGUAGAAACUACUGUAAAUAACUGGCAGCAGUUUUUCAGUAACUUACAGUAAAUCAAUUACAGCAAAAAAUACGAUAUUUACAUUUACAGCAUAAUUUAUCUUGGUGUAUAUGUAUUUCCAGUAUUGUAAAUCUCUACUGUAAAUAUAGUCAUUUUCACAAUGCAUAUUCAAAAUACAGUAGCAUACUGCAUAAGUAUCACAGUAAAAUACAGUUCAUAUUACAGUUAAAUACUGUGUAAUUUACAAAAAUUGUUAACACUGUACAGAAGCUUUUCAUUGUACAAAAAGUUAAUUAUCUCAUAUAUCUAGUAUAAACUACAUUUUAGAUGCACAAUGCAUUUUGUGUUUAUGUCAAAUGGUUACAGUGGGUGAGCUUUUGGCAAUACCUGCAGUUAUUUUUACAACAACACAUUUUGAGAUUCUUAAUUUAAUGCAUCCUUUCAGAAUAAAAAUAUCCCUUUAUUUCCAACAAAAAUGUCAUACUGACCAUCAAAAUGUCCACAAUACCAACAGUGCAGUGGACGAAUUUACAAAAUGUUACAUUUAUAUAAAAGAGCAACAAUCAACAUCCAACUCAUUUAGAAUUGCUUGAGGUCAGAGCUCUUGCAUUUUGCAUUAAGUUAAAAGAGUGUCAAGUGCUCAGAACCUGAUGUGACAAUAAGUCUUUUUCAUGUAUGUGAAAAAUACACAUUAAAAAACACUUUAAAAAUUAUUUUGGUAUUUGUGCUAACUCCCCAUAAAAGUCAAGUUCAAGCCAAGAACAAUGUUUUAUUAUUUUAGUUCAGCCACACAAAACCCUAGAUCCAGCAUGAAGCUACACCUUGAAGUCAAGCAUGGAGCAGUUUUAGGCAAAGCAUGGCCAGUUCUGUUUUGCUUAUCUAAUAGAUGUUAUUCAAAGGAACCAGCUUCGACUUUCACCCACUCACUCAUUCUAUCAAAGAAACUCUCGAGCCAGACUUUCGAGAAGCUCCAUUGCCUAAAAUGCAGCUCUCCAACCUCCUCCUGGCCCUUGCCGUCACAAUGUGGUUCUCCGAACACUGGGGAACUGCAAUCGUGGUUGAAGAUUUCAACCAUAUUGAGAGAUGCAAGGACUCGCUGUAUAUGGGCACCCCACCACGCGGCUUUAAAGACCCCAGCCUCAAGAAGAUCUGCCAACGCUACGCUGACAAACCCAGAUUUGUGACCCUGUAUGAUCCCAAAAUCCGCAUUCCAGUUUACUCUGCAUACAGCUUCAAGAAAACAGAGGGUGAUCGGCGUGUGGACUAUCCCUGGAUGUACGAACCUCAGCUUGCAGAGAUUGAUGGGAAUGGGAACAUGAUGCCAUUCCCUACUGGAUACUUACACAUGAAGUUUGAGGACAGCCAGGCGGUUUUGGAUGACUAUUCAGACGUGGUUCUGUACGAGAGAGGGCACCUAAAUCCAGACCAGCACCAGUCUGACCCUCAAGACCGAGCGGCCACAUACACGCUCACCAACGUCGUGCCAGAAAUCCGCGAGUUCAAUAUCGGGCCCUGGCGCCAGUAUGAAGAGCGUAUCCGCGUGCGCCUCAACAACUUCUGCAGGGGCACAGCUUACAUCGUGACUGGCGUUAUCCACGCUGGAAACAUGAUCCGACGUAACAACCUAAAUCGUGUGGGCAUCCCCGAAGACGUGUGGUCUGCUUACUGCUGCACCGACUACGACCGAAACUCCCCGCACGUCGAGCGCAUCCACUUCCCGACCUACGCGGCCAUUGCCAAGAACGCAAAAGAGGGAAACACGGUUCAAGAGUUAACGGUGUUGGAGCUCGAGCUCAUUCUGACACAGAGAAUGAAUGUAGACAUGAACUUCCAGCUCUUCUAUGAUAACUGUAACUCACCUUCACCUCUUCCUCCUUACCUUCUUCACAGCGUAUGAUCUGACCUGCCUGCACUUCUAUAGCUUUGGUUGUGGGUUCGUUUUUUUCAUACUUUCUUCUUUCCAGUAGCUUUUCUAGGCAUUUCCUUUUAAACACAGACUUUUUGGUCAGAAGCUGUGCAAUAAAUUGGCCAACAGUAACAUUUUUGUUAACACUUUAGUUGUUAAGGUGGUUAACAAUUCCCACUAUUAACUACUGACCUAUAAUCUGCUUAUUAUUGAGAUAUUGGCUGCUUUAUAAAGUAUGCUCUCAUUCUUUAUCCCUAUCGCCUAAGCCCAACUACUUUACAAAUGAUUAAUAAGUUGCUAAUUAUUAGUUUAUUGAUCUAAAAUUCUUUGUUUAAUGGUUUGUUAAUAGUAUAAAUUGGACCUUAAAAUAAACUA